AUGGGCAGAGGUAAAACGUCUUGUAUCCUGCCGAUGGUAGCGGCGGUUCUAGCUGAUGGAAAGCAACUUUCCCGGCUCAUUGUUCCCAAGCCUUUGCUGGUACAGACUGCUCAGAUUUUGCAAACAAAGCUAGGUGGCCUGUUGGGCCGCGAUAUCCUCCACAUUCCGUUCUCACGCCGUACGCCAACCACAUCCAAGUUCACAACUCUCUUCAGACAACUUCAUCAAGAAACAUUGACUUCCCGAGGUGUGAUGCUCACCAUGCCGGAGACUGUUCUCUCGUUCCAACUAAGUGGAAUUCAACGCCUGAAAGACAUACGAUUAGAUGAAGCGAGGGACAUGAUGCUGUUUCAACAAUGGCUGACCGCAAAGUGCCGGGAUGUGAUCGAUGAGUCCGACUUCAGUCUAGCUGUCAAGACCCAACUGAUAUAUCCCAGCGGAUCUCAGGAGCCCUUAGAUGGCCAUGCACUGCGAUGGCAUGCGUCUCAGAGCCUCCUAGAUCUCAUUGAAGGCCAUUUGACGCCUUUGUGUAAGGAAUUUCCUAAAAGUAUCAUCGUUGUCAGAAGGCGACAUGGCUACCCGACUGUAUACUUUCUAAAGCAAGAAGUUGAAGACGCCCUAACUAAUCUCUUGGUGAACGACGUAUCCUGUGGAAGACUGCAGAGUCUCCGUAUGCCGGGACCCUGGACCCAAAAGAUUGGAACUGAGAUAACACGGGUUCUAUCGGAUGAAAAUCUUAUCCGCAAAAACUUCCGACGUGCAGCGAGACACUUCGCAGAUCGAGAAUCAGCUUAUAAACUUCUUCUUCUCAUCCGUGGACUUUUGAAACAGAAGAUUCUUCUGUCAUGCUUGAAGAAAAGAUGGAAUGUCCAAUUUGGAAUACACCCAGCGCGAGACCCAAUCGCUGUCCCAUUCGAGGCAAAGGGUGUGCCUCACGAACAAGCUGAAUUUGGUCAUCCCGACGCGGCUAUCGCUUUCACCUGUUUGUCCUUCUACUAUGGAGGAAUCUCAAAAUCCCAAUUCAGCGAGGCGCUGCAGCAUGUCUUAAGUUCUGAUGAUCCAACGACUGAAUAUGAUCGUUGGAUUAGUGAGGCUAUGGUCCUUCCAACUACAUUGCGGCAAUGGAACAAUUUGAAUCUAGAAGAUGAGCCGCAGAUUGAAACUUUGUGGAGAUCUCUACGAUACCAAAGGAGUAUUGUCAACCACUACCUGAAUAACUUCGUAUUUCCAGUCCAUGCGAGGCAGUUCCUGGUGAAGCUCCAGGCCUCUGGCUGGGAUUUGCCGCAGUUCUCUGCAGGAGGGAAGUUGAAGGCUAAUGUUACAGUUGGGUUCUCGGGCACCAAUGACAACAAACUGCUAUUACCGCUUACAAUCAAGCAAGACGAUCUUCCCAGGCUAGUCGAGACCAACGCCAAGGUUCUGACAUAUCUUCUCAAAGAUCGAAGCCGGGGCUACUACAAAGCUUCAGAUGACUUUGGACGGCCGCUCUCAGAACCAAGUCUACUUCAGAAGAUCAAGUCUCAAAAAAUCAGAUUGCUGAUCGAUGCUGGGGCAUACAUACUCGAUCUGGACAACCAAGAUCUAGCCCAAAAAUGGCUCGAGAUUGACACAGAAGCCAAAGCGGCAGUGUACUUCAGAAACGACAACAAAGCUUGGGUCAAGUACCGUGGCGGCAAGAAGCAAGAUAUCCCCUUGUUAGCGACACCGUUCGUCGAUCGACUCGAUCAGUGUGUGGUAUACUUGGAUCAGGCGCAUACCCGAGGCACAGACUUCAAGUUUCCUCCACAGACACGCGGCGCUUUGACUUUGGCAUUAGGACAGACCAAGGACCAUACCGUACAAGUUAAGAGUUCCAACGAGGGAGCUGCGCUCCUGCUUUGA